CCGCCGCUCCCGGGCUGAGGCAGGCAGGCGCUUUGGCACCUCCCGGAGCCGCCCGAGGAUGCCCCGCGGUUUCCUGGUGAAGAGGAGCCGCAGACCCACGCCCAUCUCCUACAGGACCCGCUGCUGCUGCCCGGCGUCGGCGGCUGCCGAGGGAGGCGACCCAGCGCAGCUCUUGGUGCCCCCGCCGAUCCCCGUUCCGCUCUCGGGCUCGGGCUUGGCUUCGCAACCCGCCGAGGCGCCUCUUCUGCUUGCGCCCGCGGCGCCGCACUUCGGGACGCCCGACGGCCCCUCAUCCCCGGCGCCCCUGCACAGCCCCGCGCGGGCCGUCAGCGAAGAGCGGAGCUUGCGCCUGGGCUCGCCGGUCUCGGCCGAGUCCUUUCCGGCGCCGGAGCCUCUGCUCUUGGGCCCGGGGGCAGAGCUCAAGCUCUGGGCGGUCGCGGCCAUCACCGCCGGACCGCCGCCGCCGCCUUCCCCGGCUCCUGCGGUCGCCCAGCAGCGCAGCCAUGGGCCGAGUCCGAGCGCGUCCAAGCGGCCUCAGGGCCGGAAGGCCAAGGCGGCCCGCAAGCUGCACUUCGAGGAUGAGGUGACGACGUCGCCGGUGUUGGGGCUGCGCAUCAAAGAGGGCCCACCCGAGCCCGCCUCGACGGCUCCUCAGCAGCAGCAGCAGCAUCAGGCGGGCGCCGGUGGAGGAUCCCGAGCCAAUGGCGCGCAGCCGCUGGGCGAGUUCAUCUGCCAGCUGUGCAAGGAGCGCUACCCAGACCCGCUGGCCUUAGCGCAGCACAAGUGCUCGCGCAUCGUGCGCGUCGAGUACCGCUGCCCGGAGUGCGACAAGCUCUUCAGCUGCCCGGCCAACCUGGCCUCGCACCGCCGCUGGCACAAACCACGGCCUCCCAGCGCCCCCGCCGCCAAGGCCAAGGCUGCGGCCGACGAGCCACCCGCCAAGGGAGGAGGUGGCAGCGGCAGCGAGAGGGACACGCCGAGUCCCGGCAGCGGCGGCGGAGGGAGCAGCGGAGGAGAGCCCGACGCCGGCGCCGAGGAGUUCGCGUGCCCACGCUGUGCCAAGCGCUUCCGCCGCCAGAGCGCCCUGCGCAAGCACCUGCCCCUCCACCACGAGCCGCUCGACGGGCUGCCCUCGGCGCGGGAGCCCCCGGACGCCUGCCCCGAGGAGGCGGGCGCCCGCCACAGUCCGCUGAGCUUGCCCGGGGAGUGCCACCCGUGCCCCGUGUGCGGCGAGACCUUCACCGCCAAGAGCGCCCAGGAGCGCCACCUGCGCCUGCUCCACGCCGCCCAGGCCUUUCCCUGCAAGUACUGCCCGGCCACCUUCUACAGCUCGCCGGGUCUGACCCGCCACAUCAACAAGUGCCACCCGUCGGAGAACCGCCAGGUCAUUUUGCUCCAGGUGCCCGUGCGCCCGGCCUGCUAGAGGGAGCCCAGCCGUGCCUUCCCCUGCAGCACCGUCGCCGCCCAGCCCAGGAGACGGCUGCAGGGCAA